CCUUGCCCUCAGUUAAAAUGGCGACUUCAGUUGCUAAUUUACGUGAAAUCGGCGGGCUACGGGAGAGGCUUUCCGGGUCAGCCGCAGGGCAAGUCGGGAAAUGAUUUUAAACUGGAGGGCGUGGCGAGUGUGGAGUUGCGCCUUUGCGAACGGAGGUUUCAAGCCUACUUAUGGUCUCAGGAGAGCUCCGGAGAAGGGUCUUGGGGACUCCCGGUCUUUCGUGGGCCGACGCCAGCCUCCGAAGACUGAAGGUCGCAGAGCCGGGCUGCUUGGGAAGCGAACCUGUCUCUCCCAGGGUGAAGUUGCUGGUGCUGCUCGCGCCCGAGGGAAGCUAGGUUCCCUUCAGGGAUCCUUAUGUCUCUUCUGAACCCACCUGGCAUUGCUUCGGCUCUCUCUUAGCCGUCAUUUCGGCCGCUUUCUUUCUUCUUCUUAAAAAGCCAAAACCUUUCGUCUCGACGUGGUCUUGGAGCCAAACUUGAAGAAUGAUUCGUGAAUCCGGAAUGGACGACAGUGUCAUUACGACAUAAUUUUGGUGACUUACCCUCCAUAGAGAAUGUUGUCACCACACUCCUCUGGCACACCACUUCUGUGGAGGAGGAAAUGGCCAUGCCCCCUGAGACCAUGGAUACUUAUGAUUCUCAAGGACCAACUUCUAGACGAAGGACCUCAAAUCUUAAGGACUACUUUGUGAGUGCCACCCCUCUGCAGAAACGACUGAAGUUGGCCAGGAGACAGAGUUCAGUUUUUCCCAGUCCAUCUCGAAGGAAAAUUCCCCAGUGUUCACAGUUGCAGGAAGAUAUCGAUCCUCAGAAGGUUGCAUUUCUCCUCCACAAACAGUGGACUGUAUAUAGUUUAACUCCCCUGUAUAAAUUCUCCUAUUCUAAUCUCAAAGACUAUUCUAGACUUCUAAGUGCAUUUAUUGCUGCCGAAAAGCAAAAAGGACUUGCUGUGGAAGUGGGAGAAGACUUCAAUAUCAAAGUGAUUUUCUCUACUCUUCUUGGAGUGAAAGGGACGCAAAGGGACCCUGAAGCAUUUCUUGUCCAGAUUCGUUCAGAAUCCCAGUCAUCACGUGAACACAGACAAGAUAAAGUGUUGUGGACCGGUUGGUUCUGUUGUGUAUUUGGAGAGAACCUUCAGGAGACUGUCUCAGAAGAUUUCACCUGUCUACCCUUAUUCCUUGCACAUGGAGCGGAAUCCAACACAUCCCUAAUCGGAGGCUGGUUUCAGAAAACUUUUGACUGUUGCUUUAGUCCUUUAGCAAUCAGUGCAUUUAAUCUUUCCUGGAUGGCUGCUAUGUGGACUGCAUGCAAAAUGGACCAUUACAUGGCUACUACUGAAUUCUUUUGGUCUGUGCCCUGUAGCCCACAGAGCUUAGAUAUUUCUUAUGCCAUACAUCCAGAGGAUGCAAAAGCUUUAUGGGACAGUGUCCACAAAACACCUGGGGAAGUUACCCAGGAGGAGGUCGACUUAUUUAUGAACUGCCUUUAUUCACAUUUCCAUAGGCAUUUCAGAAUUCACUUAUCAGCCACAAGAUUGGUUCGCGUCUCAACGUCUGUAGCUUCGGCACACACGGAUGGGAAAAUAAAGAAAAUCAAGGCCAGAAUAAAUUUAAGUGAUACAUUGAAGAUAGCUUAUGAAGAAAAGGAUCUAAAGGGCUGCCAAGAUGGCUCAGCGGGCAAAGGCACUUGCUGCCAAGCAGGAUGACCUGAGUUUGAUCCCUGGAUCCCACAUGGUGCAAGAAGAGAACUAACUCCUGAAAGUUAUCCUCUGACUUCCAUACAUGUGCUGUGGCAUGCACAUACAUGCAUAAAGAUACAAAGUAAAUCACUCUUUUAUAAAAAGAGGAGUCAGUAUUUGAACUUCUCGUGUCAGGUUCCAUGAGUACUGCUUAAAACACGUUUUCAAACUGGAGGUCAAAAUGAGACAGUAGGCUGGAGCAUAAUUUUGAUGGGAAGCACUAAACAUUAAAAGACAAAAGGCACUUGCGGGGUGGAAGCAAGAGGAUCAAUAGUCCAAAGUCAUCUCUGGCAACAUAGGGAGUUUAAAGCCAGCAUGGGCUAUGUGAAAUGCUGUCUCAGACAAAACAAGAGCUGGAGAGAGACAGUGGCUUAGUGAUUAAUGCACUUACUGUUCUUGCAGAGAACCUGAGGAUCCAGUUCCGAGUACCCAUACUGGGCAGGUCACAACCACUGUGACAUCAGCUCCAGAGGAUCAGCACUCUCUUCUGGCCUUUUACAAUUUGGUUUAAACAGGCUUAGUUGGUUGAGAACUGCAUUGCUCUUGCAGGGGAUCUGAUUUGGGUUCCCAGCACCCACAUCAGGCAGUUCACAACUCCCCGUAAUUCUAGCUCCAAGUGCAGAUGUCUCUGGCCCCUUUGGGUACCUACAUGCAUGUGUAUAUAUGUACAUACACAACUACAGAAUUAAAAAUAAAUGAAGUAAAAUCAACAAAAAACAUGGCAAACCCCAUAAAUAUCAAAUUGUUUGUCAUCAUGAUACUAUUCACAAUUUUUUUCUU